GGCACCUCCCAGGAGAGCCUGGGAUGCCUCAGGAGCUCGUCUUGAGCUGUGUCCAAAGGAGCAGAAAUAAUGAUGGAAAGCAACACUCGGGCUCCAGCUGAGAAGAUGCCCCAGUGGGAUGUGGGGGGGCAGCCAUUGGGCAAGAUCCUCUCUCUGGACAGGAGAGAGGCCAAGAAAGUGCUGGAGAUUUAUGUCAAGCGUUCACUGAGCUGCCAUGAAAACUCACUGGUGGCCAAGAAAACCCCCCAGGAGAAAAACAGAGGGCGAGGGAGGAAAACAGAUGGGCUACAACGGUCAGAAAGUGAUUUCUGCACGUACUCAUGUGCCAAACCCAGCCCCAGGAAGGACCAGGAGGAGAGACUCAAAGCACCAGACCUGGAGGAGACUUCGGGUGAUGACAGCAAAGCUCCCCAGGAGGUGCCUAAAGAGGGGCUGAAAGCCAAGAGGAAAAGCACAAAAAACUCUUCCCAGGGCAAACCACAGCGCUCAGGUUCAAAACCAGCCUGGCUGAAAGGUUUCCUAAAUCUCUUCUUGAAGAAGAGCCCUGAGGAGCAGAAGGAAAACACAGGGCAAAAAGCAAAGGAGAAAGAUGUCAAAGCUCUUCAGGGCUCCAAACCAGAAGGAGCCAAAAAACACAGAGUGGACUCCAGCACGUCCCCAGCACUGGGGAGAGCCCUGAAGAAGAAGCCCAGCCUCAAGAAGGUUUUCUCCCUGAAGAAACACGGGGAGGAGGAGCGGGGAGAGCUGGGAUCCGGGCCGAGGAGCAAGCGCCCCAGCUGCCUUCCCCUGCGGCACGUCCUGGCCCCAGCCCAGCCAGCAGAGGCAGAGCAGCCCGAUGGAUGCUACACCCAGGUGUCCCAGGAGGUCGUGCAGGGCAGUGAGAGCCGGGGGGACACAGCAGGAGGGUGUGGGGAGCCCCCAGAGCCCCCUAGCACCGACGGGAUUGAUGAAGCCAUCAAGAGAAUCGUUGCUCUGCUCCGGAGUGCAGGAGAUGAGCUGGACAGGGAGGUGAGAGAGCUGAGGACAGCUGGAUGGGGCUGA